AUGGUUCGCAUCAGCAUCAUCGCAGCUUUCGCUUUCGCUCUUGGCGCUGUCGCCUUGACUCCUAACGAUGCCGGUGCCCGCGAUGUCGGAAACGGCGAGGGAGCACAAUUCACGACUGGUGGCUGCGUCGCCGACGCUGACUGCCAGGAGGGCUGCUGCGCCGGUGGUGCCACUGAUGCCCAAGGAAACGAAGUCGGUAUCUGCUCUGGCAUUGGGGCUGAGUUCCAGAACGGCAAGACGGGUUGUGGCUUCGUUGACCCUAACGCCCAGGAGUCCAUUGCCAACGCCCAGAAAAUCGUCGACAAGCAGGGCUUCUAA